AUGGGGUGCCGCAGUGGCUGCAUAUUGUGGCUUGCUGCCGCAGCUUUGGCCGUUUUGACACUUCAGCUGCAUAGCGCUGCCGCUGCGCCCAUGGAUCUUUCCAACCCUGUAGAGCACAACCAUUUCCUUUUGUUAGCACCCUAUGGCGACAGCCAUCGAUCGGGUGCCACCGCUGACAGGGGAAACACAGCGCGAUAUGUGCAGCUGAGCAACGGCUCUCGAUUUGUGUGCGACACCACGAGCAUAAAGCGCCGUGAUCCACUCGACGCGAAGAGAUACUCCCUGCGACAUCAAAUGGAGUCCUUGAUGACCGUUAUGCGGAGUUCCGACCAUCCGUGCGUGCACUACGCAGAGGAGAACUACGUGACAGUCUACUGCUGGGACAAGGAGGUGCGCGAGGAUGCCCUCACAGAGAACAAGGGCCGCUCCCUGGGGAGGCGACGGACUGACGGACCUCAAAUGUACUGGGCCUCCAACGACGCGUUCGGCCGGUACGCCGCAACCGUCUACGGCGACGGUGACGAGUGCCAGUACGACAUGGGACGCCGCAUAGAGACAGAGGUGCACUUCUACUGCCGGUACUCCGAGUUUGAGAACCCGAUUCCGUACAUGAGUAUUCACGAGUCGUCGCAGUGCCGCUAUAUGCUGCGCCUUCUGUCAAGUAAGUUCUGUUCCGUGUCCCAGCUCGAUCACCCAAGCGAGGAGGAGACGGUGCGGUGCCAGAUGUUGGCUGAUUAG